AUGGCUGUAGCUCAGGGACCAAAGACGCUCUGGGAGCAAAUCUGUGCUGAGUACGAAGCAGAGCAGCCUCCAUUUCCGUAUAGUCCUGAAUUAAAACAAGAUUCUGUUUCUUUGGAUACAGGAAUUUUGCAGCCUUUACAUACAAAACAAUUAUACUCAACUUCUACUGAAUGUUCCAUUGCCCAAAAAAUAUCUUCCUUACCCGCGCUCGCACCGCUUCCAGCAGCACCUAAUCCAAAAACAUGUUCUCCUCGAGAAUAUUUGGAAUAUUACAUAUUUCCAAUACUUCUGCCGGGAAUGGCUGAACUUCUGCAUCAAGCAAAGAAGGAAAAGUGUUUUGAGAGAAAAAGGACCAAAUUUAUCGCCUGUGAUUUUCUGACUGAGUGGUUGUACAACCAGAAUCCAAAGAGGAAAGAUGAGCCAUUCACAGAAUUCUUCUCCAUCCCUUUUGUGAAGGACUGGCUAAAGGACCACCCUAGACCACCAAUUCCUCUGUCUCUCCUAUUAUCAGAAGAAGAAGCAUGCAAAAUAAUUCAAUCAUUCUGGAGAGGUUAUCGGGUCCGCUGUGACACUGAGGUACAAGAACUGCGGCAAUGGCAAAAGCAAUUGAGAGAGGACAAGAACAUUAUUAAAAGAGUGCAAGAGUUCUGGACUAAACAGGAAAACAAAGUGGGAAGCAAAUUAGACGCAGAAGAACCUACACCAGAUCGUUCUGGAGUUUCGAUUUUGUUUGUUUCACCAACACCGCAAAAUACAGAGCUCAUGGACUGA